AUGGUCAACUUGUUCAAGCGGCUUCGCAAGCUGCAAACUAUUCUUCAGACAAAGGUCGGCACCGGUGCCGCCAUCUUCCCCAGCGUCGCGUCCGCAACAAAAGAAUUCCCGGCCGUUACCCGACUCCACCUCACAUAUGCUCGCAAGAUCGACAAUGGUCACAUGGGCGCACGGCAUUUCUGGCGUAAUUGCCUUCCACGACUGAAGUACCACAACCCCGGUGUGGGAAUGACAGUAAAACAGACCGAUGACCAGGCCGGUCCCGCAGCAUUGACAAUCUACUUUGCCGCUGAACAGGCCGGUAAAGCCGCCAUUGCUCUGGCCAACGAACGCAAGGUCACCGACUCUCUAGCACCUGCCCCCGAGGCCAGUGAGCAGUCGGUAGUUCUUGAUCUGAGGAACUACACACACAAGCAGAUCUGGGAUCGUGUGCAGCUCAUGACGGACGCGAAGGCGGUCAACCCCACUGGUGAGGAUGUGGCGAUGCAGCAGAAGUUGGACGCCAUUACCAAGAGGUCCGGUCCGGAUCGCGAGCGUGUGAAGUCUAUCCGCCAGGCCAAGGCAGACCAGGAGCGUAUGCUUGCUAUGGCUCGGGGUGAGGUGGAGAAGGUUUAA